UAUAUAGAAGCUGAAAAGUAAUGAAUGUUAUUUAAAUGGGGUAUUAGUUUGAAAGUCACUGAGGCACCUGGACUCAACUCUUGCGGAAAAUCAUCAGAGAACGCACUUUACUCUCCGAUGGAGCAAGCAUGGCAGAAUUGGUCUCAUCAAAUGGAAAUGGACGAUGAUGAUGAUAGGCACGAGGAUCUGAUGUUAGAAGAGUGCCACACAGAAGAGGAGGAGUUCCUGAGAGAGAUUCUUGGUGAACCAAGUUUUUGUUCUGAAAGUGAAACUCAUCACCACAACUCCACAACAAUGGCACCUUCCAAAAGGUCUUCUUCUUCUCCCAGAACAUAUAUUUUGUCUUUCGAUAGCUCUACCAUUAUACCUGCUACCACCCCUCAACCACCGUCUUCUUCCCCUCUCUCCGGCAAAAAACGCCGCCAAAAUCUCAACUCAGAACAACCAAAACCCAAGUCCACAACCCAAAAGAGGGGAAGAAACGGUUCCGUGGACCACAUCAUGGCCGAAAGAAAAAGGAGACAGGAACUCACAGAAAGGUUCAUCGCACUUUCAGCCACCAUCCCUGGUCUCAAGAAGACGGACAAGAGUUCGAUUCUGGGCGAAGCGAUUAAUUACGUGAAAGAACUUAAAGAACGUGUGACGGAGCUUGAAGAGAGAAACAAGAGAGGGAAAGAAUCGGUGAUGAUCCAGAAGAAGAGUGAUGUGUGUGACUCGAGUGAAACAGAUUCGAAGGAUUGGUGUAGAAUGCUCCCUGAUAUCGAAGCGAGAGUGAUGGAGAAUGAGGUGCUGAUUGAGAUUCAUUGCGAGAAGGAAGAAGGGGUUGAACUCAAAUUAUUGGACCACCUUGAAAAUCUUCAUCUCUGUGUCACCGCCACCAGCGUGUUGCCCUUUGGGAAUUCAACUCUUGGCAUUACCAUUAUCGCUCAGAUGGGUGACGCAUACAAGAUGACAGUGAAAGAUGUAGUGAAAAAUCUGAGGAAAGUGCUGAUGAAUCACAUGAACAUCCAUGGCGAUCCGUACUAGUGUAUCAAACAGUUUGUUUGGGAAUUACUCACUUGGUCUUUUUAUUUUCCAUGGUUCGAUCUUGUAUCAACUUUGAAAUUUUAAAUUUCAGAGAUUCCAUUUCGUGUUCUUGUUUAUAACAAAAAAACGAAAGCUUCACUGGAAAGUGUUUCUGAUAAACACAUGUGCUUCUUUUCUUUUAAUAAUUGUAUUUGAGUGGUA